AUGUCCGUCUUGAUUGAAACAACUGUUGGAGAUUUGGUUGUGGAUCUGUUUUACGAGGAGCGAGUUGAAGCCAGUCAGAACUUCAUCAAGCUAUGUAAGAUGAAAUACUACAACUUGAACCAGUUUACAACGAUUCAGAAGGAUUAUAUUGCCCAAACGGGGGAUCCAACCAACACUGGCCAUGGCGGAGAGUCUGUUUAUUCGUAAGUUUUUUUUCUUUUUCUUCGUAUUUUAGGAGUAAGCUUGAUGAUUAACCUUGUUUAAUUUGCUACUGCGUACGUUCAUAUAUUUUCUUCUGGUUUUAACAAAAAUAUUGAUUUAGGUUUGUUCAUGAUAAGAAAUGCCGCUUUUUCCCCGACAACAGUAAAGUAAAGAUGAAACAUAAGCGCAAAGGGACGGUAUCUUUUGUAAAUUGUGGUCAAGACAUGUUUGGCAGUCAAUUCUUGAUUUCGUUGGACGAUAAUUUGGAUUAUCUUGAUGGAAAACAUCUGAUCUUUGGUCAAGUGGCGGAAGGUCUUGAAGUGUUGGAUAUUCUGAACGAGGAGCAUACUAAUGACAAAUAUGAGCCUUUACGGGAUAUAAGGUAUGUUAUUGGGCAUAUUGAUGGCUAUUAAACCAUCAUAUUUUAUGUUUAUUACCUAAUUUUAGGAUAAGUCACACAAUAAUCCUGCAUGAUCCGUUUGCUGAUCCUCCAAAUCUCCCAAUUCCUUCAAGAAGUCCUUCUCCCACAAAUCAGCUCAUUGAAUUGUCAAAUAAAAUAUGUUUGGAUCAAGACGUCGAUGGUGAGGCGUAUACUUCAGAGGAAAUGCAGAAAAUUAAUGAGGAAAGAGAGCUUCGGGCGAAUGCUCAAGUCCUGGAAAUGAUUGGCGAUAUCCGAGAUAUUGAUGAGAAGCCUCCAGACAACGUCCUCUUCGUGUGCAAGUUGAAUCCAGUCACAACGGAUUCGGAUUUGGAAGUUAUUUUUGGCCGAUUUGGAGACAUCAAGUGCUGUGAAAUCAUCCGAGAGAGAAGGACCGGAAAGUCGUUGCAGUAUGCAUUUGUGGAGUUCGAAACGGUAAGAUUUGGAGUUAUUUUUGAGAUAUGUAAACGUUUAUUAUGUUAAAAGUUUAUUUAAUUUCAGCCAGAACAAUGCGAAGCCGCCUAUCUGAAGAUGGAUAAUGUUUUGAUUGAUGACCGCCGAAUUCAUGUCGAUUUCAGUCAGUCUGUUGCCAAAACGCACACAUGGAAGAGAAAGACGGAUGAAGAAGCUGCCAAACAAAAAGGUAGACCUUUUUCAAGAUUUUGUAUGAUGAAUUAUAUUGUUUUAGACAGUAAUUUAGUAAUUUUUAUACAAUUUGUAAUAUUCAAAUUCUAGACAAGAAAACAGAAGAACGUCCAAAGAGACGCUCAAGAUCUCCAGAACGCCGGCGACAUCGACGAAAACAUUCUACUUCGUCCUCAGGUUCAUCCAGUUCAGCCGAUUCUCGUGGAAAAGGGAAGAAGUCUCAAAAAAGCAAACGAAAAAGGUCUAGAAGUUGA